AUGAGAAUCCGCAGGGGUUUCAAUGCGCGAGAACUUCUUGCUUCUCUGGCAUCAGACUCGCGGGCGUACCAAUACCGGCCGCUGCCUUCGCCUACCUCGAUCCGCUUACUCGAAGUCCAUCCUGCCUCGCCUUUUCCCGAAAGCAGCGGCGGGAGCAUCACAGUCUCACUACGCACGUUUCCCGUCGACGACGCCCCUCCCUUCCAAGCUCUGUCUUACACAUGGGGCUAUCCGUUGAUUCCAGAGUCCCGGCCUUCACGGAGCAGCAACUGGCGCCGCCUUGCAUUUGUGCAGCGUGUCCAAGCCAGGAGCCCCCGUCUGCUGGAUCCGGAUGGCCACGGUGUCCCUGGAAGUAUUAGUAGCACCGGCACACCGUCCCCUUUCAGCGGUUCUCAAUCCCAAGGUCUCCCGGUGCUGCGCACAAGGAUCACGGAAAACACCCCGUGUUUCCCGGUGAAGUGCGAGGGGCGCAAUGUCCGCGUCACGGCGAAUCUGCACGAUGCGCUUGCAAUGCUGGCCCGCCGCCGCAAUCCCAUGCAAGCGGACAAUGCUGCUUUAGAGACGAAAUACAUCUGGGUGGACGCCUUGUGCAUCGAUCAAUCUUCCCUCGCGGAGCGAAAUCAGCAGGUCAACCUAAUGGCGGACAUCUUCAAGGCGGCCCGAGGUGUGAUUGUGUGGCUCGGCGAAGAGGAUGAGUUCACUCAGGACGCCUGCACCGUGAUGGAAAGAAUUGCAGCGGUCCCAAGGGAAAAGUUCUCCGCUGUCCCUUACACGGGCUUCUACGACGAGGACGGCUCUUGUUAUCGCGAGCUCGGGAUUGAGCCUCUGAGCUAUCAAAAUUGGCUGGGUCUCAUCGCAUUCAUGAACCGCCCCUGGUUUUCGCGAUGCUGGGUGGUCCAGGAGCUGGCGCUGGCGAGAAAGGCCACCGUCGUGUGUGGGAGUCGGUUGCUGCAAUGGGAGCAACUAGCCAGAACGAUUGAAUUCAUCCGUGCAACAAAGUGGUAUCAUCACUUAUCCACCGAGAAAAUGCGACACAUUCGUGCCCUAGGCCGAAGUUCAGGAGCGUUCAAGAAGCUUUUGGCAAGCAAUGCCAGAUUCGGACUCGAGCCCGUCUAUCUCAACAACACGCGGAAUGCACUGCAGUCGUAUCCCCAGAGAGAAAGCAGCGGUGGCCCGUCGCUGAGGGUGCUGCUGGACACGCAUAGGUAUACCGCCGCUACCGAUCCUCGAGACAAGGUAUAUGCUUUCCUCAGUUUGUCCAACGCAGCAAAGUCGUCCCCAGAGAAGCGCGACGAGAUCAAGCCAAACUAUCAGACUCCCGUCCGCCAAGUAUACACAGAAGCAGCAUGCACGCUUAUCCGGAGCACUCGGAAUCUGAAUCUGCUGUCCCACGUGCAAGAUCGAUCCUUGACAAAAGUUAAGGGUCUUCCAUCUUGGGUCCCGGACUACUCUGUGCCCCUUUCGCCCUAUCCGCUUGAAUUUCGAGGGAAAUGCAACUGGUCUGCCUGCGGCAAUCUGAAAUGGAGACCGCCGAGUGACCAGACGACGCUCCUCAGAGGCCUCUUGCCAGUACAAGGCUUCCACAUCGAUACCAUCGCCGAGAAAGCAAUCAUGCCGCACGAAGCCACGGAUGCCGGAGAGCCUUGGGCCAGUAUUGUGGAUCUGGUUUUCCACCUGCCGAACCCCUACUCUGUGCCAUCAAUUCGGGGCGCCCCGAUUUCACGCCUCGACGUCCUCUGGCGCACGCUCACCACAAAUACAUACUCUCGGCAACAUCCAGCUCCUUCUGAAUGUGGAGCCUUGUUCAUCGACUAUAUUCUCAACCUGCAGAUACGACACCGGUUGGCUCCUUGGUCGUCACAUGACACCGAUUUUCAACCACAUCAAACACCCUUUUCUACUCUCACCAAUCCCGACUGGCAUAGCCUCUUGGCGUCCGAGCCUGCAAAUUCUCCGUACAAUCUCUCCUUCUAUCGCGAUCGAUUGACUGCGUUGGUCGAGAACAUGUUGUCCAGCGAUUCAUACUCGCCGCUUGACCUCGCUCAGUUCCAUCAUGAUAUUGAGCACGGCUCCGGAAGAUUGCGAAGGCUAUUUCGAACAAAAGAUAUGUUGCUUCUCGGAACUGGCCCCCAGUCUCUUCGUGUGGGCGAUGAGGUCUGGAUUUUGGCAGGUGGCAAGGUGCCGUAUAUUCUUCGUCCUAUCAAGAGUGGGACAGAUGGUGAAUAUGUGGGUGAGAAAACCCAUCGAUUGGUUGGCGAGGCGUAUGUCCAUGGUGUAAUGCACGGCGAUCCACACCGUUUCGAACUGGACAUGGUGAAGACGGUUUUGGUUUGA